UUCUCAAUUUAGGCAAUGCCUUGGGCUCUUGCGACAGACGUUGGAAAAUAUUAUGAAGCUGGAUGUUGCUCGAUUACCACCUGUCACACAAACCUUGCGUAAAGCGCUCUCUUUCAGGACUUGAUGCAGGUCAGCCAUGAAAUUGAAUCACGAUUUGAAAAUAAAGGAUCAAGCCGCAGUAUAGGAGACAUUACAGCACUAGAUUUGCAGCUUCAUCAGUUAACACAGCAGAUUCAGCUGUCAACACAAGCACUAUCAGAAACCCAGCUUACUGACAGGAAUUCACCUAGCCGUAGAUCUGAUCGUAUGAGCAUGUCACCUUCACAGGAUAGCACAAGGUCUCAGAGUUUCAGAGAAUUCCUGUCCAGUAUUCCAUCUACUUUAAGAGAGAGUUUACGGAGAAGGCAAUCCCAACAGAGAAGUGCCAUUCAGUCUUCACUCAAUGGCUAGCCUUGCCAUGUAUACUGUUACACAGCUGUGGAAAUUUGUCCUCUUGACAUGUGGAAUAAGUAUACCAAUUUCUCCUGUUCCAGGAAAGAAGUUUUGUAGUAUUUCUGAAAUAUGGUUGUGUUGCUUUGUUGUGGUUUUAAAAAAUCGGUAUAAAGUAAACACAUCUUUUUGUGCAGGUGAUAAGAAAUAUGGUAUGCAGCAGAAACCUCCUGAUACAAAUUGAAGAUGGUGUGUGCCUUCAUAGUUUUGUGGAAGGUGAGGAACUUUAAAUCAAAUUAUGGCAUAGGUACAUUUUAAGUAAUGUCUUUCAUGUGUGCUGGAGCACUGUGGGGUCUGUUUAUGGAAGCAGAAAAUCAAAAUGUACAUUUUGAAAUUGAAGGUUUCCAUGUACAGAUUAUAUUGUUUUCACUGAGAAUGGACUGAAACUUUGGGCUUAUUUCUCUGGUUAUAGGAAAUAUUCAGGGAUAAUUAAUGGCUAUUCAUUUGCUGUGGAACACUAUGGCAUUUACAGAAUUCACAGGUGAAUAGUUUUACCCUGUCACUCAUAACCAGACAUAUCAUUGCAAGAGGCCUUUUUAAAUACUGUCUAGACAUAAGUACUUUAUAUUACAGUGAAAUAUGUCUUUGAAAGAUCCCGUUAUACUAACACAGUUUAGGUAUAUAUUUAUGCUCAUAUUACUGUAGUUUUGAAAUCUAAAUCAAAUUUUUUACAAUAUUUGACAUUGUUAAUUGCAAAGGGUGUUUAUCAGUAGAGGCACAUCUGUCAGAUUUGGCAAAUAAGUCUGUUGUUGUGAAGGUUAUCAAAGUAUCUAGAAAAGGAACCAGGUCAGAUUACUUUCAUUGUUGAAAUAUGCGGUUUCCUGUAUUUUUAAUGUAAUGUGUGCUACGAAGGUGAACUUGCCUUUUGCCUGUUAAGAACUAGUAUAGUAGUAUAUAUCUAUAUAUAUAUAUAUAUAAUGUAUAUAUUUUUCCUUAUCAUACCAAGAAUAGAUAUUUUUUGUAAUUGUUACUAGGCAGGCUGUAGUAGUGAGACUUAUUUCCUAAAAAAUUUGCCUUUUUCUAGUCUUUUACUUGAUGGUUGUGAUAGAGAGAUACUUUUGGUGAUUUUAUUUAAUAAUUUCAACCAACUAGAUAUCUCUGGUUUUUUAUUAAUGGCUUUAGUGUAUUAUUGUAAGUGUUGGGAUGUCAGACUGUCUGCAGCAUAAAAUGUGAACACUGAAGCAAGCGACGCGUCAGCUUAAGUGUUAAUGCAGCCUUCAGAUCAAUGAUACAUGACUUCAUUACAUAUAGCAAAAUGCAGCUAAUUCUUAAUUUCAUGUGUUAAUCUCAUAAGGAAAAUAUUUGCUGAUCAAACUCAAUAUUUAGAAUUUUUCACUUUGUAGUAGUCAUCAUUUUACCAAAGAUGAGAAAUGCACCUGGUAAAUAGGAACAGUUCCAAUACAUUGCAGAAAAAAAGCAUUUUUUUAUUUUUUGCGAUGGUGAUAAAUUGUGAUAUUGUAGUAAAUGAAACUACUGAAAUGAUGGCAGUGUACAUUGUACUAAAAUUGUUCAAUACUUGUGAGAUUUCAUUGAUUGUUAUGCAGUACGUAUAUAUAAAGAUCUUUAUACAUACUUAAGAUUGAGACUUGGAAGUGUUUUACUGAAAAAUCAUCUUUGGUAUUAGUACAGAAGACACUUUAAAUAUUUUUUUAUACUGCUGCAAUAUCAGCCAUGUGGUGUGACCAUUUGGUUACUUUUGUAUCCAAGAUGAUAUGUGUAUUAUGUAUAUCAGAUACUUCUGUUAAUUAUUCCAUUUUACUAUUAAUGAUUUUUUUUAUCAGCUUAAUGCCUUUUUAAAGAUAUAUAUAAAAACAGAUUAAACAUUUUCUUGGUUUUAAAUUUGAAAAGUCAUAUUUUUUAUACAUCUUUCAAUGUGGAUAAUUUUUUUUAUCAAGAUACUUUGUGAUAUUAUAAAACUAAUAAUUUCUGCUAAAAGGGAGAUCCAGCCAUGAUUAAUUAAAUGUCAUUGUUUGCUCGGCCUGAUGAAAAAAAAACAAAAACCUAGUUUUGUAGCAUAAUUUAUAGUAAAAAACUGCAUGUUGCUGAAUAACUCUCAGUAAGUUCAUGAAAAAUAUUAAUGUGUUGUUAGGAGGCUUGUUGACAGGCGUGCUUAUAUUCACUUCAAGAUCUGAUAAUGUAUUCAGCAGAUACAUAUAAAGGUUGCUAAAGUAAUUUCAUUGUGCAUAAAUUAGUGUCAUUGGUUGGUUGCUUAGAUGACAAAUGUUUCUAAUGCAGCUUUAAAAGAAAGGAAAGUAGUUCCUGGUAUUGUGGUUAAUAUUUAUAUUGUAACCAGCCUUAUAAUCUAGUUUUUUGUACUUAAGGUCUGUCGAAAUAUUGUGAUAGGUAACAACAAUUACCAUCUCAUUCUACUGCCAAGAGUUAGGAAGAUAUUUAGUCAUACCAUCCAUUUAUCUUCAAGACUUUUACAUCAUGUCCCAUGAAAAAGGCCUUAAAAAAUUGAUCUUGCAAUCAACAUAUCAACAUAAGGAUUUUAUAGUAGAAUUUCUGUAGAUCUUAGUAACUGCAACUUGUCUAUCAGUGUGGGGAAUAUGAAAAAUUGGAAUGGAUACAAGGUAGCAAGUCAUACACCAAGAAAUGAAACUCCAACAUGGCUGGUCCUUUGCAGAACCAAGGGUUUAAAUUGGAAGUUGUUGCAGGUAAUUAGAACGUGUAACUUUUGUUCACCUGUAGUUUCUACUACUUAUAUACCUAUUGUGAAGACCUAUUAUUUUUUUUUUAAUUUUAAGAAUUUUCCAUAUCUUCAGAUCAGACUGUGUAACUAAACUAAAUGAAGCAUGAAACUCUUAACUAGAAGUCUUAUUAAUGAAUAGCUUUCAGACAUUGUUAUCAGAAAACUAACAUGUUUGGGGAUAUUUUACAUGAAGUUUACAGUAAUAAUGUAAAGGUAAAGAAGUACAAAUAAGUGCAAGAAAUAGGUAUGUGUUAACCACUCGUGUUUUUCACUCGUCCUGCAUUUGUGUACUUUCAAAUUUGUUUUCAGUCAAUUACUUUAUAUAAGAUGUAAAUGUUUGGCUGCUUAUAUUAAUAUGAGAAAACAUUGGUAUUUUGAAUGCUAGGUAUACGAGAGAUAUUAGAUAAUACUAAUAGGAAUGCUUAUUCACCUAAACGUUACUGUACUUGGUUCUUUGUAUAAAGCCUCCAGAAAAUGAUGGUGGUUACAUUCUGUUUUAUGACAGCUAUGUUCCGAAACCAACAUACUUAACUUACUUAUGAUAUCUCUCUAGUAUGGUGUAAUGUUAGCCAGGAGUGAAGUAGGUGAACAAGGUUGUGUCAGACUCUUGAGUUGGCACCCCCUUAUAAAGUCAGUGUUAAUGUUGACACACAUGUAUAUUAAGAACUCAAGCAUUUAUUGCAAUUUAUCAGUCUUUUUGCAAUUUUGCAUAAGGUUGGUUUAAUGGCUUUAACUACUUUUAGUUUAAGGAUAUAGAAGCAUGUUGGCAAUCCUAAUUGCUCUGUGCUAAAUUAUAAGAGAGAAAGGUCAAGGCACUUCUGCAGAAUUAGGAUUAAAUCUUAUGCUUAAUGUGUUAAUUGCACUGGCACCUCAACUUAAUGGAACAGUUUGUGGGUCUGGCCUAGUAGAGUAGUUUUUAAAAAAAUCUGUGUUGAGGAAGGUCUUAUAAGCAGGUGAGGACAAUAAUGAAUGCAACCGAUAUGUAGGCAUAACAAAAUAUAAAAAAGUAUCAUACGCACUGCACUUGAGCAUGUAUGUGCAUUUGUUUAGACAAGUAGCACAAUUUUGUUCUGUAUUUUUGUAUAUCCACACUAAAAGUCUAAUUAAGAUUUUAUCAAAUUUUGGUGUGUAGGACUUAAGGUUUUACUGCAGUAAUAUGUACUAGUAUUUUUUGGUAUGGCAUAUGAUAAUUAAUGAAAUCCUUACACUGUCUAAAACACAUUGCAAGUUGAUUGAGCUUAGGCUGUUGUAUAGUAAAGGUAUAUCAUAUAGUGAAAUCUUUAGAAAAUAUGUAAGGCACUAUAUUAACUGAUCAAUACAAGUAUGUUAAUCACAGUUUAUUAAGGGAUAUUAGCUUAUCAAAGUUUGGAAUGCAAUAAUGAUAAAGAAGAUAAAGAGGGACUACACAGACAGGUAAUAUUCAUAUGAUUGCAUGGGGGAUGAGAAUAGCCAGGAUCUGCGAGUAGUAGAAGCCCCUACAAAAAUGCUUAAAACUGCCAAUUUAUUUAUUAGAUAAAACUCAAGAAUGUUUAUACCUGGCUUUUUUAAUAGUUUUAUCACAAAAAGUGUAUUUUAUGAGAGAGAGAGAAAAAAAAGGAAUUUGUGGAUAUUUCUCAUAGAAAAAUACAGCGAAAUGACAAAUUUUUGAAGACAAUUUGUAUUUUUCAUAGCUACAAAUCUGAAGUCUUAACAAGAGGAUAAUUUCUAGCGCCUAGCUGGAUCUGGUUAAAUCACAGAUAAAAGCAAGGAAACUUGUGAGAUCUGGCAACGCGUGCAUAUAUUAGGUGAAGAGUAGUCAAGGACCACGCAUCUACGCCACCGCGUCAGUCUUUCUCAACUCAGGAUGUCUUAGCAGACAGAGGGGCGGCUAGAGGUGGGCAGUACAAUGUUCAGACCUCUGGUUUGUACUUAGGAAAAAUACAAAUUGUCUUAGAAAAUUUGUCAUUUGUUCAUACGCGAACAAACCUUCGGUCUUAACAAUAGGAUAGACUUAUACUUGGAGGGAGGUAGAAGACAUUCCUAAACCGGCAGGGGCCUACCCACCAGUCCAACUCCAGAAGAAAUAACUUCCGUAGAGGGACUGAAACCCGUGAGAAGCUAGAUAAAUUGGUAUCUAACCACCCAGACACUGAGCGACGUACAGUGUUAUAUGGGAGAAUCAUUGUACUAUAGGGAACCAAAGAGAAAUUUUGACUGUCCAAUAACAAACCAACUCACCAGGGUUUGUUACCACUCCCAAUUCCCCCUUGCCAAGGAGCGGAGCAUAUGCUACCGAAUAGAGGGUUGGAUAUUUGUAUACCAAGCGACUAUCCUAUCAGUAUGACUACCUUACUCACCUGUAUCAGACUAGUCCAGUGAAUGAUGUGUCUAUUCCUUAACCCACCCGAAGGAAGAAGGAAAGGUACUAGAGAAAGAAAAAGACCAGCCAACUCACUCAUUCUCUCAUCCACACAAUCAUCUUAGGUAAGAUACAAAAGUGCCCUGUUAAGGGCAAUGAUGAGUUACACAACCUGUUGGGCAGCCACCACAGAACCCAGGGAAAACGUGUCCAUAGAUUUGUGGGCAACAUCCUUAACCCUUAAACGCCGAAGCGGUAUUUUAAAAAUCGUCUCCCAUAUGCCGGCGGUGUUCUUGAGUGAGCGCCGAAGUGGAAAUUUUUUUUUCAAAAAAUCACAGCACGUUUAGUUUUCAAGAUUAAGAGUUCAUUUUUGGCUACUUCUUUUGGCAUUGCCUGAAGUUUUAGUAUGCAACCAUCAGAAAUGAAAAAAAUAUCAUUAUCAUAUAUAAAUACGUAUUGGGAUAUAUGGCAGCGCAAAAAAAAAUUUCAAACAUAAUUGUAUACAAAUCGUGCUGUGAACAAAACGGUUAAAGCUAACAAGUUAAUUUUUUGUUGUUGAAUUGUACACUAAAUUGUGAUCAUUUUGGUAUAUAACACAUUGUAAAAUGAUCAAGGCAACACAGAGAAAAUAUUAUCACAAUAUGAUGAAUGAAUUCGUAACGCGCGGACGUAAAAAAAAAAAGCCGUUUUCAAAAAUUCACCAUAAAUUGAAAUAUUGUGCUAGAGACUUCCCAUUUGUUGAAAAAUUAAGGUAAUUGAUUGAAUAUUACUAGACUGUAACUGUUGUAGCUUACAAUUGCAGUUUUUGGCCAUUUCGGUCGAGUUAAAGUUGACUGAAGGACAAAUUUUUUCUAUUUAUCGUUUUUUAUAUGAAAAUAUUUCAAAACUGAUAAAAGCUACAACCAUGGGUUGUUUUUUGUUGUAUUUUACAUGAAAUUGCACACAUUUUCAUAUAUAAAACUUUAUGUAACGGCUAAUUUAAAAUGGUGCAAACAUUAUGACAAUUGGACGAAAAAAUUUAUGAUUUUUUCGGAAGAGUUACCGCGUGGACGUAAGGAAAAAGUUUAUUUCAUAAAUUCACCAUAAAUCAAAAUAUUGUGCUAGAGACUUCCAAUUUGUUGCAAAAUAAAGGUAAAUGAUUGAAUAUUACUAGAAUGUAAGAGUUUUAUCUUACAAUUACGUUUUUUGACCAUUUCGGUAGAGUCAAAGUUGACCGAAGGUUGAAAUUUUGGCACUUAUCGUUAUUUAUAUGAAAAUAUUUCAAAACUGAUAAAAGCCACAACCAUGAGUUGUUUUUUGUUGUAUUCUACAUGAAAUUGCGCACAGUCAUAUUUUAAUACUCCAUGUAACGGCUAAUAUAAAAUGGUGUAAAAAUUAUGUCAAAGUGAUGAAAUAAUUUCUGAUAUGUGUUGCUGAUACUUUUUAGUGCGAGAAGAAAGAAAUUCACGCUUGCGCGCCUGGGGAACGAUUGUAAACAAAACAACGCCUAGUAGGCCUAUAACUAUUUUUCUGCAAAUUUUUUUUUAAACUUUUUUUUAUAUCGACGUACCAUACGUCCAAUCAGCACCCAACAGACAAUUUAUAUCGAUGUUUAAUACAUCCAAUCGGCGUUAAAGGGUUAAGAUAGAAAGAGGUGAACAUGGACUGGCGUAACAAAGUACCAGCGCUCAGCACUCUAUGUACAACCGAGUUCUUUUUGAAAGCCAGAGAGGGACCAAUACCCCUUAUGUCAUGCGCCCUAGCCUGCACAGACGUGGUGGCGGAAUCAUCAAGAGUCAAGUAUGCCUGUCUGAUAGCCUCCCAUAUCCAAAGAGAGAUAGUAUUCUUUGACACCACUUUCUUUGUACGUCCUGUGCAAACAAAAAGUCUGCAGCAGCCUGGCCUAAUUAUCCUAUUGUUAAGACCGAAGGUUUGUUUGCGUAUGAACAAUAUACGAAUUUCCAGUGAAUAAUGGGUAGAUCUGGUCCAUAGAGAGAGCUGCGAAUGCCGAGAACAAUACGUGUUUCACUGUAUAAUUGAUAAAUGAUUAUGAUUAAAAUUACAUAAUCAAUAAAUUUACAUGUAAAUAUUCUCAGUUCACUUGUUUGUUUGUAUGGUGUUUUUACAUUGCAUGGAACCAGUGGUUAUUCAGCAACGGGACCAACGGCUUUACGUGCCUUCCGAACCACUUUGAGAAUGAACUUCUAUCACCAGAAAUACGCAUCUCUAACACCUCGAUGGAAUGCCCGAGAAUCGAACUUGUGACCACCGAGGUGGCAGGUCAAAAACAUACCGAUUAUGCCACUAAGGUGCUAUGGUUCACUUAUUGAUCACAUGUAAAUUGCUGCUCCCUUAAGCAAUUGUGAAUGAUUGCCUGUCUGUCUAUGUCUGUUAACUAAUUCAAAAUUGUGAUAAAAUCCCCUAAUAAAAUGUAUAAAAUCCCCUAAUAAAAUGUGAUUAAUAUAAAUGUUUAUCAGUAAAUAAAGUGUAUUACAUGUUUACAUGUACAAUCUUUAGUAGUUAAUGACUUUAGAUUUUUGACAGUAAGGAUUUAGUAAAUUUUCAUUUGCCAUACCGUGUUUUUUAGAUAUUUAAUCCUGACAGGCCAGCCUAAAUAGUAUACUUUACCAAAGUCCCAUGAAUGGUGAGACUUUAGGGUCUGCCAGUUUAAAAAAAAAACACAUCAGUGGAAAGAGGAAGGUAUGCAAUGCUCCUGUAUAGAAAAAAAAAGGUUAUCAAAAACUUUCUCUACCUCCUACAUUAAAUUGAAAAUGAUUAUUUCCAAACCUGGGCAGGAUCUCUUUUCUGAGUCAUUUAUAAAAAUACAAACUAACUUAGCAAGAUAUAUUCAAAUAUGUUGUUGUACUUUAUUGUGCAAAAUUACAGUUACAACUUACAUAUUACCUUAAAAGAUGAGAACUAAAACCAGAAACAACCCCUGAGUAUAUUUACAGACAAAUAUAUGAGAUAUACUGGGACAGGGAGGUUUAUUACCUUCCUCUGUGAAAUCUAAAGGGCCUGAAUAUAUUUAUAGGCAAAUAUAUGAGAGAGAGAUACUGGAAUAGGGAGACUUACUACCUUCCCCCUACGGAAUCUCAUGGGAGGCUGUUAUUCCUCAUGUCACUGAGAGUGGGUGUUGCUGUAAGAGUAGUAAUAUAGUCAUUCAGGGCCCAUUCAAGAGAGAGGUGUUUUUUCCUGCAAAAUUUGUCCAAAUAUUAUGGCACGAAAUAAGGACUGGUGGAACUCUUAUGGCAUUGUUGCGCAUUAAAGGAAGCAUACCACUAUGAAAGGAUUAAUGUGAAGAUACCAGAAUGAGAAUACAAAAUGGUAAUUGCUUGCCCUCUACAAAAUCACCACACAAAUGAACAAAUACACAUCGAUGUUAAGUGAAAAAUUUAUAUUUUAAAAUAUCUGAUUUCCAUUGUGCAAAAACAUAUUAGAAUAUGAAAUAUUCUAAUAUGUUUUGCGCAAUGGAAAUUAAUAUUUUAAAAGCAUAAAUUUUCCGUUUAACAUUGAUACUAACAGUAUACUAGGCCUAAGUCUGAGUCAAUCAGGAAUCAUAUGAUCAAAAGGACGUCAGUUGUCUUUACAUCACAUUAGUUUUGUAGAUGCAUUAUUUAUAUAUUUUUUUUACAUAUUUUAUUUAUAUAUUUAGUAGAAUUUACCUUGUGAAUUAAACUUAUGGCAUCUAUAUGUUAUGCAUUGUUAACCAAGAACUGCAGUGUUAUUAAGGAAAGACAAUUAUCUUUGAAAAUUAAAUCCUUCCUAAAAGCCUAUGAACAAAGGAACUAAUGUUUACAUAAAAGAACAUAAUAUUCAUUAUUAAACUAAAGCUUGGCAAUUACAGAUUAAUGCAUACAAUAUAGAAUAUGAAGCACAGUAAAAAAAAGAAGUGCUGCAAACACACAUCUGCACAUGACUAGUUCAGCAAUGUAGCUAAGCAGCAAUUACACUAGUCAUUAGACUGCAAUAUUAUAUGGAGUUGCUCUACAAUUCAGACUAGCAUAUGCUAUUUGAAGUAGACUCUCUUUACAAGGCAGACACCAAUGUUCAGGUCAGUAAGAGGAAGGUACAGAAUAGGCAUGGCAGAUCAGUUUCCCUGUAAACAAAUUAUACCAGCUUACAAGAUUAGGCAGUAGCAUUGGUUGCAUUUGUUUUAUCAUGUAAUUUUUAGUGUACUUAACAAAUUAUUUCAAUAUGUGCAAAAUCUAAUUUUUAUUUUUAAAGGUUUUGUCACCUCUGAUAAGCAGCACAAUCUGAUAAGUUGAAGUCUUCAAUUGAAGUGCCAGUUACAUGGUUUGUAGUCACAGUGAGGAAUUGUUUACAGUUCUCUAAGCACAGACUUUAGACAUUUGUUCUUGUAUUUAAUCUCAGCCUUAAAUGGUUACUCAUCCUUGUCUUUUAAUCACUGUCGAGAUCAUUGUUUUCCAUGUCACAUGCCUGUAAGUGUCUAGGAGGAGGUAUUUGCAUUUUAUUGCAUUGCAUUAAGUAUUUUUAAAUAACUUUGUUGCAACAUUAUCCUGUUUAAGCUUUUUGCCAUGCUGUUAAAUUAAUUUUAGUUACAUGCUAUUAAUAGGAAAUACGCAUAGUCCUAGCACUUCAGUUUUUUGCUGGGCAUGUAGCUUCUAGGUAGCCAAUAGUCAAUUACGUAAAUUCACUAGUAUUUCUGUUUUUUCAGCUUCCAAAACUUUUUUUUAUCUGGUUUUAUUUAUAGAUGGUAAAGGGUAUCAUGCCUAUGGUGUUUGAGCCAAAGACAAAAUGUUUUGGCUUCCCUUCUCUUUUUCCAAAGUUCAAAGGGAGGACUGUGGUCACUACACCUGAUAUUGUUUUAGUGUGGAUGAGUGUCACAGUACACCUCAUGUGAAAAAACUGAAUAUAUUGGAGUUGCCAACCUCUGGUGUGGAUUAUUUUAUCCAGAGCCAUCACGACAGUACAGGAGACAGCAGUGAUCCUGUGACACACAUGCCUACAUGCUGAUAGGACAUUAAGAAGUUGUGACAGAAAUGCAGUUUCACAAGAUAUCAUGAUGCUAUAACAAAUACACUUGGAUUCUAAUGAUACAAUGACAUGCCAAGAGUUGCCCAAAUUCCAAUAGUGCUACUGGGAUAGGAGUAGAGACCCUCAACAUGUGGUGACGAAGACAGGCUGCCAAGGAUCAAAUAUAAAUAUUUUCUAAAGUCCAAUCUAUGCUACCAUGACCAAGCAAAAAUGUCUUGAAAUGCUAUGAUGGAUAUAUGGUAACCUUUUUAGAUAUACGUAGUAUCUUCAAUACAUCAAGAGAGGAACAGAUCAGGGUUAUAUCUUAAGAGACUUAAAGAAAAACAAAUUGUGAAGCACCAAGUGUAGUUUUAAAAAUGGUGAUUUCCUCCCAUUCCAUACCUGGCUUUGUAUUGUUAAUACUAUACUUCAUGAUUUGACAAUACUCGGUUAAAGCUUCCUAAACGCGUAAGAAAUUUGUAAUCCUGCCAAAGAACUAAAUAAUGUUUGUAAGGCUAAUUAUAUCUACAGAUAACCAUUACUCCCAGAAAACUCAUUCAUGUUUCCUUUAUUUAUAAAUUUUUGAAUGCUUCAAAUCUUUAGUUCUUUUAUUACUAGAGACUGAUUUCCAGUUUCGGUUUCAGCCACUCUGAGUCAUCUUGUAGACAUGAUUGCUGGAAGUGGUAGUUUCUUUUUCAUAACGGUCAUCAUAUUUUCUCAAUUGUCCUCUGCCAUGCACAUUUUCUGCCCAAAUUCCAAUCUACUUCCUUCUCCAUGCCUUUUGGUCUUCAUUGUUCUACUUGAGUGUCUGUUUUUCUGGCUAAAUGCCCCUUAUUUCAGUUUGUUUUUCAGUCUCUUGAUAGAGUACUUCAUAUCUCAGCCACUUCUUCAGUUGGUGUGAGUUUGCCACUGCAUGUGAGACAUAAAUCUCAGCAGUUUGUAGUUCUCUUGAACUGAUAGAUUUUUGCCAUCUACUGAAGUGAGUCUGUUGCUAUUCUUUUUUACUUCUCUCAUAUGACCAACAUCACAAUGCAGUAUUCUGUCAAGAUAAUAGAAAUGUACUACAGGUACUUCCUCUUAAACACAUCAUCAUUAAAUAAUAAACCACAGAAUAAUAAUUCUGAUAACAAAUUAAGUAAAAUCAAAGCCACCUUGAGCGCAUGGCUUUCAUAUCAAGAAGUGCCCCACUGAAAGAAAUUUUAUUUUGCUUUUAAGGUGGUCACACAUUUUGACAAUGGAUUUUUUAUGAAUAUCCUGCAUGACCAAAUUCCUUCAUGAAAAGAUGGCAAGAAUACAUUUGAUUAAAAAUAUAUGAUCUCAAUGUCCAAAAUUGAAAAAUGAAAGUUUGAAAAGAAUGUUCCUCUAAUUAAAUUCUGCAUCUAUUUCAAUCUGAAAAGACUGAUAACAUUCAUGAUGUAAAGUUCUUUGGUAGAGGAAAACUCACCUCAUUUGUAAUUCCGUUCUUGGCUAACACUUCAAUGCAUAGUAUGUAUUAUAUCAUAAGUAAAAUAAGAGGUAUCUUUUAAAAAUCCAGUUUUUUAUUUUAAAAUCAUGACACUUUUCUUUCAGUAAAUAAUUUAGUAUCCAACAAUUUUAUUUAAACAUUUCACUCAAAAUUUAAGUCUACAGUAGUACUUGAUUCUCCUCCUCAUCAUGAUUCUAAAAUAUCACAAAAGUAAAUUAAUAUUUUUAUGUAAUUAUCUGCUCUUGUGUUGAUAAUUCAAUUUUGGUAAUACUGUAUUACACUUAAUUUUUGUCACUUCAAGGAAAGCGGUAUUCACAGAGGAGCUGUUAUUAACCCUUUGAGAUUCCAGUGACGUCUUAUAGAUUCUGACCGUGAGGUUUCAAUGUCAAAUAACUUUUAUUUGUCAUAUUUUUACAAAUUUAACCCUAACCAAUUUCAUGUCAGUUAGCAUUUAAGAUGAUGUUUGAAGUGUAUUGGGGAUGUUUCAAUUAUAUCCUAUGCAGGUAUUGGCUGUUCAGAGAAUUAUCAUCAAAUUAGUCCAAAAUUUAAACUUAUAAACAUGUUCCCCCCUUCUUCGUAAGUUUCUUUGAUUGCAGUAAUUGUUAUAAAAAGCAGAAAUAAAAAUACAGUAAAGGAAGUAUAAUACAGUAUACAUUUGCAUGGUGCAAAAAGAAAGUGCAUUAAUUUCUAUUAUUUUUAAUACAUAUUUACAAAAAAUGUAAGAAUUUCUGCUCAGCUAACUUCCAGACGUUCUGACCAUGUUAUUUUGCUUUGUUACAUUUUCAAAGACAAAAAAAAUAAAUAAAUAGAAUAUGAUUUCUGUAAGUUCAAUGGCCAGCCAGAACAGAGCUUUUCCACAUUAGACUUUUUGACCACCAAAAAUCUCAAACAGGUAAAUGACAGCAUAUAUCUUCCCCAAAACAAGUUAACCCUUUGACAUUCUGAUGAUGUCAAAUGGCACCACAUAAAUUUCAUCCAUUGAGAUUUCCUUGUAGAAAAUAAAAAUACUCAGCAUUUAUCAUUACUGAAAAAGAAAAAGAUUACUUUUACACAGUGCCAAAGGAAUUUAAAAAUCUUUUAAAUAUAGUUGUAACUGAACACAUCAUUCUGACAUUCUGACAAUGCAAUUUUUGUUAUUUUCCCCAUAUUUAAAGAUAAUUCGAGAAAUUAAAUUAUUCAACUUCAAAAUUAAACCAAAACCUGCAUUAUAAAAACAAUUACUGUUAGCAGCAAAUGAAAAUUAUCACAAUUUUGUUGUACUAUAUUACAAAAUUUAAGUAUUUGGUUUAAAAAUGAGUGAAAAAUCAUGAAAUAAAUUUACAGCAAAUAAUAAAAUUUCUGAGCUCCAAAAUAAAUCCUUUACUACAGACUAGAUUUUGACUUCCCAGGGAUGUCAAAGGGGUAAAUGACCUUGGAGGAUUAAUGAAAGCCAUAAAACCUACAAUCUAGAUGUAGGUGGUAAUGAAUGGUAAAAUCAACUGAUUAACAAUUUGGUAAUUUCUACAUAGAAUGCCUGUUCUCAUAGAAAUACAAACCAUUGUCUUUUAUAGGGGAGUACUAUCCUCCCUGUAAGCUCGAAUGGUUGUUGAACUUGGUAACUGGUGUUUAUGAGGGGGGGGGGGGGGGAUACUUCACAUACCUCCUGUCACUAGUCACUUUUUCUUAGGCCACUGUCAUGUGAGGGUAUAUUGCUCCCCCUCUUUUCAGGUGUGAAGGAUGUUAGGAUUGAACCUUCAUCCUUUCCUAUUUUCUUAGGUAAAUCCCCACUGGUUAGAACACAUCUUCCUUUCAACUUUAGCUUUGUUGCUGUUGUAGGGGAGAAUUUACUACUGUUGGGAGGAGCUCAAAGGAGACAAAAGCCUUCAAGUGUUAACCUGCUGCUGCUUCAUGCUAAAGUCCUCCCUUCUUCUCUAAAUAUGCUCCUUUCCUAGGCGAGUGGUGGGUACUAUGGAAGCCUGGAGGACAUAAUAUUUUAUGGUUGGGAGGCUGGAGGUCAUAUUUUAUGAUAACUACAAAGUAUGCUGUCAUGAUGACGCUUACUAUGCCUGCUGUUGCUUCAACUGUUAUAGGCUCAUUAAAUUUCAAGAGUGGUCUUCCUUUUCAGGGAAGUUCCCUCAGGGUAUCGACUACUGCAACUUCCUCAGAGGAGGAAAGCAAGAGCAAAAGAUGUGUAAGCACUGGCCUUCCACCACCACCACCACCUCAUCUCCUUCACCCUCCUGUGGGAUGGAGAUUCCAGUUGGCCUCUCAGAAGUAGUUCUGCAAGGUUUUGAGUGAAUGCUCAUUCCAGUCUCUAGGGAUUGGGAACUCCAACACCUGGCUAGCAUCUGGCUCAGUUUGGAGAUGAGGGUUGCCUACCUACCUCAUGUAGAAAGCAGGCUCUUCUCCCGUUCUUCCCAAGAAGUAAAUUUUGUCAAGCCAGCAAAUCCUUGUUUAAAUUUUCCAGUCAGCAGUGGGUGCAUGCAAGCAGUGGCAUUAGCUCUUUCUCUUGGAUUUCUUCAGAGAGAGAAAUGGGCAGAGCCUGUGCAACCCAGAACAUACCUGGAUUGCAGAGUAGCAUGAGCAGUUAGCUCAUCUUCAUGUGGCUACAUGGAAGCACACCUAGUUGUGCUUAAUGCCUACUUUCUACACUUUAACAGUCUCCGGAUUACUCCGGAGCACUUCCUCUUGUGUUUCUGGAAACACAGGGCAGUGCCCAUAACCCUGCGCAUACUUAGUCUACAGACUGCAUGCAGGUUACUCUUUCCUCCUGUGCCUUCCUUGAAGUACACCUGUUCGAGAUAAGCCUGCCCUGCCUACUUCUUUGAUGUGUGUUUGAGCCUUGUUGAAUUGUUUAUAACACAAUUCUCAGGUGAAACCAGCUCUGCGAUUCCAUGAGCGUAAGUGCACUUACCUGUUUACCUAUAGAAUACCAGGAAAGGAUACAGGAGCAGAGCACUCGCCCAGUGUGGGGAGAGAGUAGUAAUUUUCUCCCCGCUUCUCAGUGCAUGAGCACUGGCUCCUUACCUGUCUCUGGGCUUGCUAGGUUAAGUUGGCACUUUCUCCCCCUCCUUGCAGUGUAUGCCUCCUCCUCCUCCUCGCAGUGUAUGGAUGUAGGAGUUUGUAUGUGACAGACUUUGUUUUACAGUUUUGGGGCACUGGGUGGAUCUGUUCAUUUACAGCUUGAUAACUUGGGUCUGAGUGGUUUGCUACAAACCUGGAGUGCUUUUCACAUGAUAAAGAUUUUUACAACUCUUGUGAACAGCCAUUCUUAGGCUAUGCUUUUCUUGAAACUUAUGUUAUCAUGUUACCUUCUCUUUUGUUGUGCAAGCAGAAUCUAUUGUACACAUAUAAGCAGGACAUUUGCACUGAUUCUGUGUCUGCAGCAGAGGGGGUUGUCCCAGUCAAUCAUGGAUUUUAUGGCCCAAUAUGACACAUUUUUCAAGUAAUUUGUAUUUUUCCUAACAUACAAACCUAAGGUCUUUACACAUGGGAUUACCUUUCAGCGAGCUGGAAAACUGGCUGUUAAACUUUUGCAAAGUGGUGAUGGUAAUAGCUGCUAAUGGUAGGGGCACAUUCAAUUCUGUGCAGUUUACCUUUCCACCCAGGUAAGAGAAUGAGAGAGGGAGGGGGUUAAGAGAUGAGCCCUUUAUGUAAAGACCUCUAGUUUGUAUAUUAGGAAAAAUACAAAUUACUUAAAAAAAAUUUUCACUGUUCCUACUCAAAUUGUUCCAACCGCUGUGGUUAUAGUUGCUUGUGGUGUUUUGGACUGGGCUAACAAUCUGCAAAUCGGAGGGUUCCCUGCCUUCCAGAGGCAGGAAAGAAUUGCAUGCCAUUUUUGAACACUUUCAUGUUCUCUUCUCUUUCACUGAGAAAGGGUGAAGAGACCUUUCUAAGGGACAGUCCGUAUGGGGCUCCCCAUUACUUCUUUUCAAGGGUAAUGUGGAAUCAGGUGGUGAAAAAGAGAAAGUUGGAGUUCUGAGACACUAAUCCAUUGCAUGGUGCUUGUCAAUCCUCAGCCCGGACAAAAACCUGCAGCCAAACCAGGUGUGGCUAGGUCUUCAAAAUGAAGGGAAGGGGGAGGUUGCUUAGAAUAGUGAUCCUAAUCCUCUGCUGCCUUGAGUAGAGGGAUGCAUGUCUUGUCUGGCAGUAGAGCAGGGACAGGGAAUAAAGCCCUGAAUAUUUUCAGAUGCUUGGCGGGGGUGAAGGCAAUGAUGGAGAAAGGCACUAGAAGUUGUAGAGGACCAGUUUUUGGGAUAUUUUUUCAGUUGCUUCUUUAUAGUGAAAGGUGUAACUGGGCUGGGGAUUGGCCUUUGAACUCUCACUAUUUAAGUGUUGGACUCUCAUUUAUGUGGAAAAAGUAUGUGCUGUGCUGUGCUGUAGUCUAUCACAGAAGAUGACUUAUCCAUCACAGCUCUUGGAAGUACUCUCUUCCUUCACAAUGGAGAUAAUGACCAGUUCAUAGCUGUUCAAACUCACAACAGUCCCGCAAGUGUUUCCUAAGGAUUUUCACUUCAGUGUUGGCUUCUGCCAAUUCAUAAGAUAUAUCUCAGGUUAAACCUGAAGUCUUUGAAGAUGCCUUUGCUCCAGGACAGUCGUCGUUGUCAUCCUGCUUAUUUUUUUUCUAUACAAACAAAUCCUCCUGCUCUUGUUUUAGUGAUGGCUGGAGCACCACUGGGCGACUUAAGUAACCUCUCCUCUCAUUUCCUGCUACUUAAUCAGACAGGGAGGUUCUAGCAUUGUAACGACAAUGGAAACCACUUGAAACCUCUUGGUGAGAUUUUUUAACUCGUUUCAAAAUAUAGCUGAUUUAACAUACCUGAGAAGUCUGUUCAUUUCAGAUGAGUGGCUGCAGGGCACACCUCAUCAGCAUUCUGGAAAUUCAGGAAGUGUUGCUAUCCCUGCAAGUUUAACAGUAAUAGUCGAUAGGUCACUGUAGUGGCAUAUGCUAAUAAAAAUGGGACUGUCUUAUCCCUGCUUUAUAAGUUGGUAUUUGAAGAUGCACAAAAGGUCAGUUCAUCAUACUGUUGUGCUCUCAACAGGGUAGAACAUCCAGGAAGGCAACCUCAUUCAGUAAAGUCAGGUAGCAUGGAUGGUGUAGUACUUACUUUCUUGAUUGGAGGAGAGGUAGUUUGAGCUUGGGGCUCUCCUAUGCUCUACUUGAUUACUUUCAAGCUGAACAAACAGCUUCCAGUGUUCUGUUCUUCCAUUCUAUUCCCCAGACUGGUGAUAGACGUUCCAUUCCAAUAUCACUGGGACAAUCUGAAAGUUUUAUGCUUUCCAAUGUUCAUGAUUCAUUUGGGGAUCAUCAGUUUCUGAUCACCCUGGGUUUCAGGAUGACCGUCAUGAUAUUCAAUGACUCCUUAUUGACCUCAAGUUGAGUGGAAUCUUCCUUAUUCCCCUUUGCUGAGGUAAGAUCCCAUCAGUCUACAUUGUAAGGGUUUUACUGUGGUGUAAUCUAGGUUUCAGACUGAAGAAUGUGGAUUUCUUAGUCAAGGAGUUAUCCAUGCAUGAGCAAUUUUGAAGACUUGUCUCCACAAAAAAAAGUAGCUUUGUUUCUCAAAUGGGAAGUGGAAUUUUUUCCUAAGCCCAAGCAGUUUACAAGCCCUUGAUUGAAGCCAUGACCAAGAGCUCCCUCCCAGGCCAAGACUGUCCUUUGGCUAGCUGAGUCUUGGUGAAGCCAGUUUACAAGUUUCUUGGUUCUUGUCUGGUCCUCAGAGAUGGGGGCUUUGGUUCCUAAGAUUCAAGAGUUCUUUCAACCCCUGGUUCUUUGUGGCAUGGUGUUUCGUAUGCCUGAUGUGUUGUACGUAGUAUAUGUCAUUACCAAAUACAGGCAAGCAUAAGGAGGAGGUGUUCAAGAACAUCCUUCCCUGCUGGCUUUGUGAAGUAAGUUAACAGGCUUAUGAGACUCCUCUGAGAAGGAUGUCACACCUUACUUUUGCAAGAGCAUACCAAGUCAGUGUGUGGGACCAUUAUUAGCCAUUUUGGAGGAAGUUUUUCAGUUUUCCAGGCAAUGAGGCAAGUGUAAGCCAACAUUACUUUCUUCAUUCCAUUAGAGGGAUUUUUUACUUUUAGGAGACUCCCUGGAUACCUUCUCCAUGGGACCUGAAGUAAAUAAUCAAAAUAUUGUGAAGACAUCUAGCUCUGUUUGGACAAAAGUAUUAGACUUGAUGUAAGUCUGGGGGUAUGACUGGACACUCUUACCUUCCUCCUUUCCAGAGCAGCUUCUAGGCCAAGUAUCAGCUAGAUACAGGUGGCCACACUUUGAGAAUCCAAUCUUAAUAAUGACAGACCCAUUAUGGACCCAUCACCUGAUGUUAACCAGAAUUUACUGCUUCUAACUUCAACCAAUUUCAUGGUUCUCUACUGUUUCCUUACCAGAGUGCCCUUACUCAAACCAUAUCUCUAUUAUGUCAGGGUCCUACCUCUCUACCAUCCCACUCAAACCAUAUCUCUAUUAUGUCAGGGUCCUACAUCUCUACCAUCCCAUUUCCCAGACUGAGUAGGAGGUUAUAGGAGUCGAUGCAUACCUCACUCAUGUAUGCAACUGGGAGAAUGACUAUUCCAAUUAGGAUUAAACUCGUUAUUUGUCAGAGAUGACCUCCCACCUAAGGCAAAAUCUCCUAUAAAAAAGGCAGUGGUUUGGAAAAAAUAACUGGUUUUAAAAAUAAUUCAUAUAUUUUCAUAGGCAUACAAACCAAGCCUUUUAUAACAUAAUCCCAUCUCAGCCACCCUGCUUUCCCCUUGAGGCAUGAGGAAAAAGUGAUUACUGAUUGAAAAUGAGUGAGGGGUAUUCCCCACUCACCCCCCGUAAAUCACCAGUUAAAGGACCUUAUUACAAAGUUCAGCUACCAUUCCUAUAAAAGGCUCUGGUCUGUGUAUCAAGGAAAAAGGCAAAUUAAUUUUAAGAUAUUUUAUAUUGGUAAAUGUUCUGCACAUGUUGUAUAGAAUCCAAAGAGUAAUAUCUUCAGAGUACCUUGAGACUCGGCCAAGAGCUGGAAGUAAUAGCUGGUUCAUUCAAGUAAGAAUGACUGAAGAGGCUCUUGAUGGGAAUAGUGCUACAAGAAUGUGUUGCAAUUCUUGGUGUGGUUAUUUGGGAGCAUAAUCACACCAUCACAACAUUGUCAAUCCUUUUUGUAGACCAGACUAUUUUGGCUGAAUACAGUGAUAGGACUGUCAGACUAAAAUCUCAUUGUACUCUAAAUCUGAAAUGAAUUAAGAUAUUGCAUGUAAGAAAGAUGAAAAGUGAGCUAUGUGUGACACUUCUGUCUUAUAAAUUUUUCUGUUGACCUGUCAGCAUGAAAGGUUAACUUUUUUUCUAUAAAUCAUGUUGGAAAGUGGCUAAAAUUCCAGUGCCCUUUGAUGCUUUUUUCCUUCUUGAAUAGUUAUUUCUCAAUAUUACUUAUUUUUUAUAAUAAAAUUUUGUGUCAAAAAUGGAAUAUGUACCUUGUUACAGAAUGAAGGAAGAUUUGUAUUUAAUUCUCACGCAGAUGAAGGAAGAUUUGUAUUUAAUUCUAAGAAAUAUAUAGCAAACACAAACAGAAAAAUUUCCUUAUUUGGGGCUUUGUAUGAUACUUGCAUUUUGUUAUAUUUCAUAUUGGUUCUUUUUAAUUAUUCUUUAUGCAAAAUUUUUGGUUCUGCAGCUGUGAAAUCCAUGAAUUUUGAAGACUAGAAAGCAUGAUAAGUGGAUGUAGUUGGUUAUGCUGAAGGUACUUUAAAAUUCUUGCAAGUCCUUAGGCUUACUACCUAGAACAGAGUACUCUUCAACAAAAGUUCUGAUAGGAACUUUGAUUCAACCCUUCUUAUGGGGAAUUCUGAAAAGAAAGUAUAUGCAUGGCGUUUGUGUCUUUAAUAAAAGCAGGUGCCUUAGCUGCCACAUAGUGAAGCACCGCAUUUAGUACAGAUCUUUGAGCCGAGAUAUCCGUCCAAAAACAAAAAUAGGUAGAUAAAAAUAUGGAAUAGCUCCAGAUGGCACUUUUAGAAUAACACUUGACAGUGGUUACUUAUGCAAUUAUGAUCUUUUAUACAUUAGGACAGCAAGAUAACUAGACAGGCAGGUAGAAAAACAAUUGGUGAAGAGAAUAUGUAUAUACUUUGUAUUAUUAUACUAACUGCAAAGUAUUGUAACAGGUUAAAAAAAUUUAGGAUCUGUGAAUUGAUGAAAACUGUAAUAGUACAUAUAUGCAACACUGAAGCAUACCAAAGAGAUAAAUUGUUGAAUUCAGGAACACAAGUUGUAUGGUACAUCACAUAUUAAUACUAGAGCAAGUUCAAGUUUUUAUGAGUAACGGGAAAUGAAAGUUUAUUUUAAAGCACUGAAAUAAUCACACUGAACAAAGUUAACGGUAUUGAGAUAGGUUUAAUGUCAUCAAGUGGCUAUUAUUACUAUGUACCAUAUAAUAUUCCUUUUGCUACUGUUUCACCUCAGGCAUAUUCUGUAAAGAUGUCAGUCAUCUUGUUAAAGAAAAAAAAAAAAAGCUACACAUGUAGUUUAAACAACUGUUGAUAUAGUGUUUUAUAGGACAAAAUACCAUUUCAUAUGUAAUUUCCACUACCUGUUCAGUAUACAUUUCUGUAUCAAAUUUAAUCUCUGAAGAAUUUGAUAGGUUUGGAAAAAAGUUGUAUUAAAGGUUUUUACAAAAAUAUGAGAUCCUUCUCAUGCUUUGAACUGCUAGUCUUAGACUAUUCAAGGUAAAUUAGGAGAGAACAUACUUAUCUCACUUGGCUGUGUAGUGUAUGUGUUGAGAAUUUUUAAUUAUGCAACUGACAUGUCUAACAUAUCGCACUUCUGUUUGUUUUGUGUUGGUAUGCAAUUUAUAGCAAAAAGAAGUAUACUGUACAUCUUGUCAAAGUGUGGAGGCAAUUUUAAAAAUUGGAUUCUUAUGGAAAAAGGUGGUUGUGUACAAAGCAAAGUAGAAGCAUGUCAUUUUUCCCAUUCUUCAAACAAAAGUCAAAGUUUGUUCUUGCUAUCACAUUCUGUGACCUAUGAACAAGUCCAAGAGUGUUUGCCAGUGCAUCCCUGAAUUUUUUGGAGACAUAGCUCAGUCUUAAAAUAGGAAAACAAUUAAUUCUUCAAUUUAGAUACAUUUGAUAUUUAAAUGUGUUGGCAAUAGCAGGACAAAAGUAUCAAACAAUGCAACACUUACCAUAGAAAAUGUAUGCAGAUUAUCUUAUUUGGCUAGUUUAGGUAGUACAGGCAGUCCCCGGCUUACGACAGGGGUUCCGUUCUCGAGACGCGCCGUAAGCCGGAAAAUCGUCAAAAAAUCCUAAGAAAACCUUACUACUAUUAAUGCUUUGGGUGUAUUAAAACUAUGUAAACUGCAUUUUUAUUGCAUUUUUCAUAAAAAAAUGUCAAAUAUUGACUAUUUUGCAUUUUUGGUCAUAUUUCUUCUGCCAGAGUGGAAUGGUAAGCAUCGUAACCCUGGAACAUGCGUUGUAAACUUGGAAAUAAUUUCUGAUGAAUAUAAUUGAGAAGUGUUGUAACCUCGGACCAUCGUAAGCCGGAGACUGCCUGUAUCUUUUUGGCUAGCUCUGGUAUUAGGAUAACUGUUGGUGUUUAUCAUUACUAAACUAGUUGGUUCCAGUAACAAUAGACACACUAAAUUGUGAAGUUGUAAGCAAUUUUCUUUACUAAGCAUCCUGAUCAUGAACAGAAUAAAGUCAUCACAAGCAUAACAUUUCAUACUCGAUUCCAGCUCAAGGGACCAUAGUUUGUGAACACUAAUGACAGAGGCCAUUAAUGAGAUGAAUGGAGCCAAAGGUAUAUUUCCUCAUCAUCAGCCACUAAAAGCAAAAAUCAUCAUUGUAAUCCAGUGAAGUUAAGGCAUACACAGGAUGCACAGAGUACAGUGUGUAUUGCUGUGCUUUGAUCUGCUUUUGGUAAGACCAUGGGUUUCAAGUGAUACUGGCGACAGAAACAAGUGAUCAAGAAGGUCCUCUGCAGUUUUGCUGGCUGAAGUUGUAUGGCUAGCAGUGUGUGGGAGCUGGUGUUGCAGUGGAAUGUUGUACCCAUAGCAAAGAAAGGGAUGUCUCCCCAUUUCAUGUUAUUUAUGACAGUGUGGUAGUUGCAUGCAUCAGGAUUGUGUUUUUGGGUAUCGGUGAGUUCUUUGUAGCCGAUUCCCAGUUCAAUCCAAAAUAAUUUCUUUUCUUGACUGACACUGCAUCUACUAUUGAGGUAUUUUCUGCCCGGAGUGUUUUAUUGUUCAACCAAAGUAGGCAUUGGUUUAGUAUGAAUCCUGCUUUGUGGUUGGUGAUCUGUCAGGCGGGCAAAAAGUGUACCAUUGAUGUUGAAUAUGCUGUAUUUUUAUUGGCUAUUAUUUAACUUUACUUCUGCAUCUGUUUGGGUCAAAACUUGUGACUCAAUGUUUGACCUGUUCCCUGAGUCUGAUGAGCUUGAAAUUUUGCAUGGUUACUCAAUCUCAGUGAAAAUACAACCUUACAUAGAUAUAUAGGUCUGCAGUGACCUCUCCUAGUAUUUCAGGAUGGUAUGAAAAUCUGAUUUUUUCAUACCUUCUUUAACUUGGUAGAAAAAGUUAAUAACUCUAGGGAUUUUUCAAAACUUCUUUGGCUUAACAGGAUACCAUGUUCAAUUUUGUUAGCUGCAAUCACAAAUUGGCUAUAAUUUCCGUAAAAAAUAAAUAAAAUAAAUGCACUUUUAUUAAAAUGCACUAAAAAGUUAAAAAAAAAAUCAUUUUGAGACACCAUGAUUUUCUUACAAUUAAUCAUGUCUACAAAAAUAUAAGCAUGGGUGCCAAACAUGGAAGGAAAUGCUAUAAAAAAAAAAAAAAAAAAAUAUAAUCUUGGUCUCAAAAAUAAUUUUUUUUAUUUUUUUGUACAUUUUAAUAAAAGUGUUGAAAUUUUUUCCCUUAUAUUUGAGUUUUCUCUGCUGCUGUCAGUUUCCAACUGAAGAAAAAUUGGGGUUUGGUACUGCUAAUUUCAUUUCCUAUGACAGCACCCAUCAUAACACUGCUUGCAUUGGUGGGGAGAGCAAGACUGGCUGGGGGUUGGGAAACACCAGUAUUGUGGUGCCUUUAAGUGCAUUCUAUGUUGCUUAUAGGUUGCCUUGUUGGGUGAGCCCGAUCUGUGUCUUGGCAUUUCUGCUAUGGACAUUGUAUAGUUGGUUCUUGGUUUUGGCAAUGGUCGUGAGGAAUCUGUAGUGAUAUUUUACCAAGCCCAUAAUUCUUUUAGUUUACAGGAAACUCUGCUUUUGAGGAUCUUGUAGUUUUCAGGAACAGGUGUUUCCUGACUGGUGGCACUUGGAGAAUAGGGAAUGUAUGCCACUCUUGGUUAAACUCUGGUUAAACCCAGAGUUCAGCCAGCAACGGUGUGGAGCACCUUUUCAACCAUGUGCUGGUACAUCAUUGGCAUUACCUGAACUGGUUUGAGUGGGUAAUCCAUGACCUUGCUGGCCAGUCAGGUGUGGUCAAUGAAGUGAGCCCUGCAAUGGCUGACAAUAUUGGCUGAAUGCGUGACUUUUGACUACAAGUUGCACAAGUAAACACGAAAAUCCAUUUUUCAUACUGUUAACUGGACUUAAGCUGUCUAACAUUUAUUGUUUAGAAGUCCUUCCAUUGGAAACCCAUCUAGAAGAAUUUUGUUUUCUCACCAAGAGUUUAUAGAUGUUAUAUGCUGAAGAUGACUAAUUAGUGCUGUUCCAGGUAAUUUCAUUUCUUCUUGUGUACCAGAAAUCAGUCUUCAGGAACAUCACGAAAGGUCUGUCGAGUGUACUUCUCAUUAUGUCAGAGAACUAUGUUCACGAUAAUUAUAAAUAUUGUACAUAAUGGAACAUAAAUCUCUAUUUUAACUUGUGAUUGCACACAAGCUGUGGAAUCACAACUCUUAACUCUUUUACCUGAAAUUUUUCCUGGUGAGAACUUGUAAGGUAAUCCUUUUAUUAGCAGUUAGGCCAUUAAAUUUACUGCUUUGCAUUUUUCAGCAGUUAGCCCAUUAAAUUCACUGCUUUGCAUUUUUCUUCUUCAUUUUAUUAUCUUCUGUUAUAUGGUUAAUGAUUGGGCUAAUUUACAAUACCUGAAAUUUGUCCUGAGCUAGGCAAUAUGCCUCACUUUCCUACAUGUUUACAUUUGCUUGUAUAAUGUCUUCUGAGAUUGUUUUAAAGCAGAAGUAUUUUAUAGGUAGUUCAUCCUAACCUCAAGUUAAACUAGUUUAGAUGACCUUUGCAUCCAAGAACUUAUCACAACUUCAAGUUCUUUAGGAACUUGUAAAUAGAUUAUCAUAAACCCUUGACAGGUGCAUGAGCAAAUGCCAGAAUAAUAGUAGUAGGCUACAUACAGUAUAUAAACUGUUGUUGCUCUUGAUUAACUGCUUGCUAGAACCAUUAACUUUGUUUUAUAGAAGAGAUUCUACCCUCAAACCUCUUGAGAUUAGUUGAUCUCCAGAACUGAUGGCAAGAAUACUAAUUUUCUCCCUUUAGGGUAGUUCUUAAACAGUGCUCAUAACAUUGCUGGUAACUUUAUUAGAUGCUACUGUGUGUGUGGUGAUCUCAUAGAGGUUACUCUAAUAGUUUUUAAAAUUAUGUAAAAAUAUUGGUUUGUAAUUUAGGAUUUACCACUAACUGACAUGUUUACUCUGGUACACAUUAGGCAAGUUGUACAAAGCAUGUCUCAUGUACAUACUAAUUUUAAGAAUGCUGUACUGUAACUUUAGUUUCAUUAAAGAAAGUUCUGAUCUGUGAGAUUGGAGUAAAUUUGAUAUCCCUACACAUAUUUUCAUUAUAUAUACAAAAUUGUAUAUGGUUAGUCAAAUAUAUGUUACAACCUGGA